AUGCAGGCUUUUGUCGCAAAGAAUCAAUUCAAAAUUGGCGACGGUUGUGGUGGUUCACGUGUCUAUGUUGGUCUCAUGAGGGAUGGAAGUGAAGUUGCUGUUAAGAGAAUUUUAGUACAAAGUGAGGAUGACACAGUUGAAAAUGAAAAGGAAAUCAUGACUCUCAUAGAGACGAGCAGAUGUCCAUUCAUUGUAAACUAUCGAUAUUUUCACCGUGGGGAAGACUUCAUGUAUCUUAUUCUUGAUCUUUGCGAAGAAACCUUGAGGGAACUUGUCCAUGCAUCCAGUAUUGAACAUCUACAAGAGCAUGGUCCACGAAUGAUUUGGGAAAUUCUAUCAGGACUUGAAUUUCUUCAUGGUAAAGGAAUAUUGCACAGAGAUUUAAAACCAUCAAACGUCCUGGUUGAUAUCGCAUGUCGCAUGAAAUUGGCAGACUUUGGAAUAAGCCGCGUUCUUAAAGACGAUGAAACAACAGUUAAAACAUUUGCUGAAGGUACUCCUGGAUGGGUGCCACCAGAAGUAAUUGAAGCAAUAGUGAAAAAAGAAAAGAGUCGUUUCAAAAAAAAAUCAGAUGUCCAGGUAGCGGGUAUGAUUGCUUUCUUCAUCUUAACUAAAGGUGAACACCCUUUUGGAUCUUCGUUAGAUAGAAUGAAUAAUAUUUUAAAAGGAAACCCUGUCUAUUUGAAAAAACUUGAUGAUCUCGAAGCUCAAAAGUUUGUGUCGUGGCUGAUUAAUCACAAGAUCGAUGAUAGACCUUAUGCUGACGAAGCAUUGUGUGAUUCUUUAUUUAACGAGACAAAUCCUACAUUUUGA